UCCACAGAAAUAAGACAUCACUUAAAUAGAGGAAUGGAUGCCCAGCAAGUCCUCCACAUGAACAAUGGCAAUGGAGAAACUAGCUACGCAAAUAACUCUAAGUUUCAGAAAAAGGUAAUGGUGACAGCAAAACCCAUUCUAGAAGAGAGUAUUAUGAGGUUAUAUAGUGUUACUCCUCAUCCUUGCUGUUUGAAGGUGGCUGAUUUAGGAUGUUCUUCAGGACCAAAUACACUUCAAGUGAUAUAUGAUAUCAUAAAUAUUGUUGAUAUCACUACUUGUAACUUGAAUCCUAAGCUACCGGUUUUUCAGUUCUUCUUGAAUGAUCUGUUUGGAAACGAUUUCAAUACCCUUUUUCAAUCACUUUCUCAAUUCUUGAAAAUUAUAGAAGAGAAGAAGACACAUAAAUUUGGUCCAUGUUUUGUUUAUGCUGCUCCUGGAACAUUUUACAGCAGGCUAUUUCCCAACAAUUUCUUACACUUGGUUCAUUCCUCUUACAGUCUUCAUUGGCUUUCUCAGGCACCAAAGGAGUUGGCUAAUAAGGAAAAUAUACAUCUAAUAAGUACCAGUCCUCCAGAAAUGCACAAAGCAUAUCGUGAAAAAUUCCAAAAAGACUUUAAACUAUUUCUUAAAUUACGUUCACAAGAACUGGUACCUGGAGGUGCCAUGUUUCUUACUUUACUUGGAAGGGACAAAACUCCUGUUAUGAGAAAAGCUUGGGAGCUAAUUAGCACAACACUAAAUGACAUGGUAUUGGAGAAUUUGACUGAAGCCGUAAAAUUGGAGUCCUUUAAUUUACCACUGUAUGACUCUACAAUAGAGGAAGCUAAAGAAGUAAUUGAAGAAGAAGGAUCUUUCACUCUUCUAAGGUUGGAAUCUGUCACACUGGAUUGGGAUGCACACAUAAAUGAAGAUAUUAAUGAUGACAAUAAUGAACUUGAUCUAAAUAUGAGGGCAGAGUUUAUAGCUAAAUACCAUAGAGCUGUUUUAGAGCCUCUUUUGAAAGCACAAUUUGGAGAAGAACUCAUGGACCAAUUAUUUCUUAGAUUUAAGAAUAAGGUUGUUCAAUGGUUGAUGGAGGUUCCAAAGAAGUUGAUUGAAGGAGAAGAGCCAAUGUGGGACAACAUAUAUUUAACAAGAACAAGUCCUGUGUCAAUGCACAAAGCAUAUUUGGAGCAAUUCCAGAAGAAUUGGUACCAAGUGGUGGCAUGCUUUUGACAUUCAUUGGAAGACAAGAAGAUACUUCGGAAAUGAGAACUUGUUGCGAGCUAAUGGACAUGUCACUCAAGGACUUGCUCUGAUACCACAAGUUUAUUUUGUGAGAAAAUCAAUUGUAUUCUCUCUAGCUAUUUUAACGUAUAUAUACACAUAUAUAGAAAAAAUGUUUACUA